UACAGCCUACUGUACCAGCUCCUCACUUUUCACUGUUCGUUCUUCUCACUUUUCGUUUUGCUUUCCCCUCUUUGACCUCUCGAAGCUCCUCUCGUCAUCAUCAUCUCCAGCAGGGUUGGGAAGUCAUUCCUUCCAUCCAUCCCAACAUCCCAACGGACACCAGUUUAAUCCGGGUAACUCCUGAUGCAUCGACCAUUACAACUUUAGUCUCCUCCAGGAGGAAGCAAAUGCAAAUGUUGCGACGUAGUUCUGUUUCUAGAAGAUGGGCGGCAAUUGCAAAGCUCACGAUUGUCGUCGGUCUAUUGGCCUUCAUACUUCCAGACGCAGUGCUGGCACAACGCAGAAGAAGCUUGACGGGCAAUGAAACAACAGUGUCUUUGUCGAAUGGAGUGACGCGAGAAGAUUUGCGUCGCAUGAAGAGUGCCCGUUGGCUCAAUCAACAUCAAGUGUCUCUGUUGGUGGACUUUAUUGACACAGAAACAUCUCCCUAUCCUUCAGAUCCUUACGAUGUCACUAUUCAACCGAAUGCCGAUUGUUACGUGGUCUUUCGAGAUGAAGCCAAGACCACCUAUGACAUGAUCACUGCGACGGAACCACCCACCAAUGACGGGGAACGCAACUAUGGCGUCUUUUUGUCACAUGAAUCACCUUGUGGGGUCUGCAGCAACCUGGCAGAUCUGGCCGUCUAUUUGGAGACUCCCGACUUGACCAACCCAGUCCGAAUAUGUGGUUUCACCUCUUUUAUUUCCGGCGACAUUGCUCUGGAUUGUCUCACCAAAGACGUUGGAUUCAGCGAUCCCUGUGCGGCCAUUUGGUUUCACAACACACAGCAUACCCGCAGCCAGUGUUUGGCACUCUGUUUCCUGCUACUCUUCAGUCCCAACAAUUGUCCCUCUGGUAUUGCCAAUCCCUGCCAACCCAACACAGAAGAGGGUGGAGCAUGCCAAAACACUAUCAAUCAGCAACCGGCUUGUGACGAUUUUCAGUACAAAAGUGGAAGCCAAUAUCGACUCAAUGCCUGCUUGCAAUGCGAUGAAUGCAAUUCGGGACCACUCUUUCAAAAAGUUGCGGGACGCACCAGAAGGGCAUCGGGGAUUGAAUCGGGAAUUGAUCGACCCGAUAUUCCGACGAUCAAUCACAACUACUUUACAACCAACAGUAGGUACUAGCUAGUAGUAUUUUAGUAAUGCUAUAGCUAGGGAUGACAAGAGCUGUGGAUGGCAAUGCGUCAGAGCCGCUGAUGAAACUGAACCGUUCGGCUUGGGUCUUGCCUUGUUAACAACAGAGCGAGUCGUCUGAGCCUGCUUUGGCCGAAGCAUUGGGAAGCCCAAAUGCUUCAAGCAAUGACUUGCAUGCUCUUGAUUCAUCGUGAGUUUGAAGGAGGCGAUUGUGGUUUCAGAACCCGUCCCCGCCGCAUUUGGUCCGGUGCUGCGUCCGUUGAUACAUGCUUUGAGGAUGUUCUCAAAUGGGUGUAACGGCAAGAAGUCCUUUUAGUGUCGGGGAAUCCCUCCACCACUUCUUCUACUGAAGAUAGAUACUGCAGCGAUGCUUCAGCUCAUGUCCAGGUUUUGGUUUGGUUUGGAACCUGAGCAAAAUUGGUUUGGAACUUGCGCUCAAUCCCAUUCUCAUCCAAUUCAACUUCAGUUUCCACAGUGUCUACUUCCUCUUGUUGUUGUUGUUGUUCCUGCUGUUUACGUAGCUUUCGUUCUAGUUUUUGUUGUCGUUUGUCUUCCACGAGUACUGACCCUCGUCCAAAGUUAUGAAAGUAGGUACCCUGGAGAGACUCGGGACGCAUGGUCUGUCCAUUGACCUUGGCGACGGCCGCUUCGACACGGUAGUUGAUUGCUUUUCGUAAGGCUUUGAGUUCGUCCACAAAGCGACCGGCUCCCAUGCACAUGGCCCCGGCAUUUUGUCCGGCCAGUCGGAUCAUGGC